GCUGUCACACGUGCGGCGGUUUAUAUACCUGCAGAUUUUUAAAACAAAAAUAACAUUAAAAUGGACGAUAAGACUGUAGUUGAGACUGUUUGUAGCCACCAACACGAUGACCAGCCCAUACUGCUUAAAUUUCAGAAUGGCAGUCUAGGCGGCACCGCGGACUUCACUCUCGUGGAGAGCAAAAAGGAUAAGCGGAAGCGUGCUGCAGUCGUGGCCGGCGAACAGUUGUACACUGGCGAACUGCAGGAUAGCCAGCAGUUUGACACGUACAUCUGCUUGCGUAACAAAAGCACCAACAAGGUGCAAGUCAUUCCCGUGCAGCAGGCGCUGCUGUCCAACAACGUCUACCAGAAGCUGGCGAAGAAGGAGAAGGAAAAGGUGCUGCCAAUGCUGACCAAGGAGCAUGCGGCCAAGAAGCUGCUCAAGGAGUUUGGCGGCCGCAAGGCCUCUCGCCUCGUGGACAAUCGCGAAAAGAUGAUGGUUAAUGUGGAGGUGGUGCGCCAGGACCUAGACGAAACGGUGCAGGGCGGUGGACAGAACGAGGACGAAGAGGACGACGUCACACUGGCGGACGUGAACACCAGCAACGAGGAGUACUUGGCCAGCAUAGUGCCCAAGUUCGACAAAACAGCCACAAAGAUCAGUGAUGUCUUCGACGUGGAGGAUGUGGUGCCGGCCAACCUGCUGCAGAUGCUUGAAGAGGAGGCCAAGGUGGUGUACGCCACGCCGCUGGAGGAGCUGCCCAUUGAGUCUGAGUAUCUGCGCGGUUGCCUGAAGGCAAUUCAGGACAAAGAGAUAACCUCAAAGCAGGACUUUCUGAACAUCAAGCUGAUCAUCUACAUGGACGCACUGCAGUCGCUGAUAGCACUGCGCUCGCGCCAAAUGAAGCGCGUGGAGCUGUCGCGCAUCACGGAGAAGAUCGAGAAUGACAUACGGCACCGCUUCGAGGAUCCCAAUGUGGCGAAGAGCUGCACGCGCACCAACUACAGCACGGAGAAGGCGCUCACCCACUUCAUUGUGCUGGCCCUGCUCAUCAACGACAAGCACGAGGUCGAUGUGAAUGUGCUCUCCCGCACGCUGCGCACCACCAAGGAGCGCAUCAAGUCCUACGCCCACAUUGUCAAUGCCCGACCCAAGGCCCGCUCCGAUGUGCUCACUCUGCGCCUGCCCAGCACCGUGCCGGCCCUGGCAAAAUCCCGACGCUUUCAACGCAAGAAGUAGGACGGACACCCUGUUUGGCAUCGAUUAAACAACUUCUAGGUGGCCGAACCGCUCAAGGUCGUCACAAUAAAGUUUAUUUUUACAUUA